UCAGCUAUUAGAUCUGUCUUCGUCUCUGCUUAAAUUCCUCAAUUUUCUCUCAUUUUCACCAAAAAAAAAGCUCAAAUUAAAUCAACAAUGGCGUCCAAAAACAACGACACACACAAAUCGGAAUCCGCCACCACAACCAACGGCGGCGAAGCUCCAGACCGUAAGAUUGCUCUGAUUACAGGCAUAACCGGUCAAGACGGAUCUUACCUGACUGAAUUUCUCCUCGACAAGGGUUACGAAGUCCAUGGAUUGAUAAGAAGAUCAUCAAACUUCAACACGCAGCGAAUCAAUCACAUCUACAUCGAUCCACACAAUGCACACAAAGCUCGUAUGAAGCUUCACUACGCCGAUCUCACCGAUGCUUCUUCGCUCCGUAGUUGGCUCGACAUUGUUCGUCCCGACGAGGUUUACAAUCUCGCUGCCCAAUCGCACGUCGCCGUUUCGUUCGAGAUCCCUGACUACACCGCUGACGUCGUCGCCACCGGCGCAUUACGUCUCCUCGAGGCCGUACGAUCUCACAUCUCAGCUACGGGCAGAUCUCAUAUUCGUUACUACCAAGCUGGAUCGUCGGAAAUGUUCGGAGCUACUCCGCCGCCUCAGAGCGAAACGACGCCGUUUCAUCCUCGAUCUCCUUACGCGGCUUCGAAAUGCGCGGCUCAUUGGUACACCGUGAAUUAUAGAGAAGCUUACGGGAUCUACGCCUGUAACGGAAUCCUAUUCAAUCACGAAUCGCCGAGGCGUGGGGAGAAUUUCGUUACCCGUAAGAUUACUCGCGCUGUUGGAAGGAUCAAGAUCGGCUUACAGAACAAGCUGUUCUUGGGGAAUCUUCAGGCUUCGAGGGAUUGGGGUUUUGCUGGCGAUUACGUUGAGGCGAUGUGGAUGAUGCUUCAGCAGGAGAAGCCUGACGAUUAUGUUGUGGCUACUGAGGAUUCUCACACUGUGGAGGAGUUUUUGGAAGUGGCUUUUGGGAAUGUGGGUUUGAAUUGGAGAGAUCAUGUUGUUAUUGAUAAGAGGUAUUUUAGACCAGCUGAGGUUGAUAAUCUUAAAGGUGAUGCUUCUAAGGCUAAGAAAGUUCUUGGUUGGAAACCCAAAGUGGGAUUUGAGCAAUUGGUGAAGAUGAUGGUAGAUGAAGAUAUUGAGUUAGCUAAGAGGGAAAAAGUUCUUGUUGAUGCUGGUUACAUGGAUGCUCAGCAACAACCAUGAUCAAUCAUCAAUCAUCAAUCAGUAUCUAUCUUAUCUCUUUCUCACUCUCAAUUUUCAAUCUUUUUUUGGUUUCGGUUUCAAAUGAGUACCCAAGUUGAUUGAUUGAUUGAUUUGAUGAUACUUGUAGCUUUAUUUAAUAUCAUUUUCAUUACAAUGUUGUUGUUCCAUUAAAUGGUUCUUAAGAGAAAAUAUAGUUAAUUUUGUGUUGUUCUUUAGUAAUGUUUAUCUCAAGUUCUUAAUUCGUUGUAUUUAGCAAAUUUUAUUAUGUUUGUUUGUUGUUUACUAGUUUGUAUUAUUAGACAUGGGAAGCAAUAAUAUGAACUAAAUUCAAUUUUCAGAGAAA